GGCGACGUCAAGAAGGAGGUGAAGGGCGUGCUGUACCACGAGGCGACGCACGUGUGGCAGUGGAACGGGCAGGGCAGGGCAAACGGCGGGCUCAUCGAGGGGAUCGCCGACUACGUGCGGCUCAAGGCCGACCUCGCGCCGACGCACUGGCGCCCGCAGGGGAGCGGCGACCGUUGGGACGAGGGGUACGACGUGACGGCCAAGUUCCUGGACUACUGCGACUCCCUCAAGGCCGGGUUCGUGGCGGAGAUGAACAGCAAGCUCAAGGACGGAUACAGCGACGACUACUUCGUGCAGAUCCUGGGGAAGAGCGUGGACCAGCUGUGGAACGACUACAAGGCCAAGUACCCCCAGCCCCAGGGCUGAUCGACGAUGCAUGCAGUUUGUUGUUGUAUGUGUACCGGUCUUCGUCUACAUACAGAUACAUUAUACUCCCUCUGUAAACUAAUAUAAGAGCGUUUAGAUCACUAAAAUAAUAAUCUAAACACUUUUAUAUUAGUUUACAGAGGGAGUACUUGUAUUACUGUACAAUUUAUGUACUGCCUGGAAUGGAAUAAAUCAGCGUUGGCACGGUGUGUGUUAACGAAUUGACGAGACAAAGGGACCGUCUAUAGGUCAUGUCAUCGGUUGCCUGAAAUACAUUGAACAUCAGUCACUUUCUUUA